GUGGGGAACUACAAGCGCACAGUGAAGCGGAUCGAUGACGGGCACCGGCUCUGCAAUGACCUCAUGAACUGCGUGCACGAACGGGCCAAGAUCGAGAAGUCCUAUGCCCAGCAGCUCACCGACUGGUCCAAGCGGUGGAGGCAGCUGAUCGAGAAAGGUCCCCAGUACGGCAGCCUGGAGAAGGCAUGGGGUGCCAUCAUGACGGAGGCAGACAAGGUGAGCGAGCUGCACCAGGAGGUGAAGAACAGCCUGCUGAAUGACGACUUCGAGAAAGUCAAGAACUGGCAGAAGGACGCCUACCACAAGCAGAUCAUGGGUGGCUUCAAGGAGGCCAAGGAGGCUGAGGAUGGCUUCCGGAAAGCCCAGAAGCCCUGGGCCAAGAAGCUCAAGGAGCUGGAGACAGCCAAGAAAGCCUACCACCUGGCCUGCAAGGAGGAGAAGCUGGCAAUGACCCGAGAAGCCAACAGCAAGGCGGAGCAGUCCAACACCCCCGAGCAGCAGAAGAAGCUCCAGGACAAAGUGGAAAAGUGCAAGCAAGACGUGCAAAAGACUCAGGAGAAGUACGAGAAGGUGCUGGAUGAGCUGAACAAGUGCACCCCGCAGUACAUCGAGAGCAUGGAGCAGGUCUUCGAGCAGUGCCAGCAGUUUGAGGAGAAGAGGCUCAACUUCCUCAAGGAAGUCCUCCUGGACAUCAAGAGGCACCUGAAUCUGGUCGAGAGCAGCAGCUACGCCAACGUCUACCGGGAGCUGGAGCAGACCAUUCGCCUCUCGGACGCGCAGGAGGAUCUCCGGUGGUUCCGCAGCACCAGUGGCCCCGGGAUGCCCAUGAACUGGCCUCAGUUUGAGGAGUGGAAUCCAGACCUGACACACACAAUAACGCGGAAGGAGAAGCAGAAGAAGGGCGAGGGGGUGACCCUGACCAAUGCCAGCAGCACGGGCGAGACAGGGGCGCCGGCGGGCGAGCGUGGGAGCGUGAGCAGCCACGACCGCGGGCAGACCUACAGCGCCGAGUGGUCCGAUGACGAAGGCAGCAACUCCUUCAACACCAGCGAGGCCAACGGCGGCACCAACCCCUUCGACGAGGAGUCGGUGGGGAAGGGCGUGCGGGUGCGGGCUCUGUACGACUACGACGGGCAGGAGCAGGACGAGCUCAGCUUCAAAGCAGGAGAUGAACUGACCAAACUUGGUGAAGAAGACGAGCAAGGAUGGUGCAAAGGGCGCUUGGACAACGGGCAGCUAGGUCUCUACCCCGCCAACUAUGUGGAGGCAAUCUAAGUCUUGUGGUGUGCACCUCGUCGCCGUCAGCAGAUAAAUCCACCCUCCGUCGUCUCCAUCUCUCCACCAGCCAACCAGCCAUGUUGCCGUCUGGUCCGUCACUCCUCACAGUUAGAGAUUCAGACAUAUUUUCCGACCAAGCUUUUAUUUUUUUAAGAGUUGUCUCUGAAGAGUAUUUUGCAUAGUCGCUUUCUUCUAAGAUAACGUGAAGCGAAAGGUGACGUUGUCCGUUCGUCUACGUUAGUUGAUUUUUUCUCCGAGCG